CAAACUCCCAUAGAAAUCUGCGGCACCGCAUCGACGGGGGAGGCGAGAGUCGGUGGAGUAUCUUCGAUCUCCUGCCAUUGUUUUCCCUCUGCGAAGCUUCGGAUCUGCGUCUGGUUAAUUUGUGAAUUCUUCAAUAGUUCUGUAGAUCUGGUAAGAAAUUGGAAUGUCGGGGAAAGGCGCGAAAGGAUUGUUGACGGGGAAGACUCCGGCGUCGAAGGACAAAGAUAAGGACAAGAAGAAACCGACCUCUCGCUCUUCUCGUGCUGGUCUUCAGUUCCCUGUGGGGCGUAUCCACCGGCUCCUGAAGGAACGGGUGACUGCUCAUGGAAGGGUGGGCGCAACUGCAGCCGUCUACUCUGCGGCCAUUUUGGAAUACCUAACUGCAGAAGUGCUGGAGCUGGCCGGAAACGCUAGCAAGGAUUUGAAGGUGAAGCGUAUCACACCACGGCACCUCCAGCUGGCCAUCCGUGGAGACGAGGAGCUCGACACUCUCAUCAAAGGAACCAUAGCUGGCGGUGGGGUAAUUCCGCACAUACACAAGUCCCUCAUCAACAAGUCGUCCAAGGAGUAAACCCUUAAUAUUGUUCUCUCUAUUUGUCGAGUUUUAGAUUAUUAUCAUUGUAGUCGGUCUGUUUGGGGCAAGCUAUGAAAGCUGGAAACCGAUGGUAAUUGGAUUCUAUUUAUCGGUGUAAUGUCCAUAGUAGGAUUCUAAUUGGAUUCGAAUGAAUGCGAGUUGUUACGGCAAAGCCCACAAGAA